AUGAAGUGCCGGAAAGCCUGCAAGCCGUGCAAAAUCUGCCUUCAACCGUGCUCCAAGAGGACUGCCUUCCAGUGCGAAGGCAAAUGUAGACAAUGGGUCCACUUCAAGUGUAUGGCGCACCCUACCAAAGGAAGACUGCGGGACAUGAGGGCAGGGAUUCUGAAGGUCUACUGCCCGUGCCCAGACUGCAAGGCGAACAAUAUAUCAAAAGAAUUCUACGUCGACACAAACGAAUGCUUCCUUUGCGCAAAGACUGGCUGCCCCGCGAAACGCGGGCCGGUUUGCGGCAACUCAGCUUGUCCCGGCAAUAGGCUGGAAACAUUAUGUGAUAUGGAAGGCAGGUGUAAUGAAAAUACAUCACCUAACAGCUGCAGGCCUGUGCUCGGAUGUGAAACAACAACGAAGCUCAAUUCACAAAAAACACCCAUACCAACCGGUGCGACAUGCUGCGCUCCGGCCUGUCCAGAUCCGCAAGUCAUUGCUCCAACUAUUUACAUCAAUACUGCCGCCACGUGUCCAGAUAUGCGUUCGAAUUUGUGCCCCGAACCGCGUCCCAGUUCGUGUCAAUUGCCAUCACCAUGUAGCGUACCAUCCAAAUGUAAAAAACCAUCAAAACCAUGUAAAAUAAUACCUUCAAGGCUUUGUAAAAAGGCGUCACCUUGUAACUCACCGUCACCUUGUAAAAUCCCGUCACCUUGUAAAAUAUCUUCUAAACCUUAUAAAAAGAAACCCACGCCCUGUAAAACUAUCCACAAGAACAAAAAUUGUUCACAAAACCCGUCCUGUAAUGUAGACCUUGAAGACGUAUGCUAUACCGUUGGACAAUUGACUAGCCAAGUAGGAAAACUGUUGACCAAGUUGAAAUGCAAUAUGUGA